AUGGAUUGGCUCCCUCACCGAACAACUGCUGUUCUGUUCCUUUUAUCGGUACUUUUGGAUUUCAGCACGGGAUUUCAUGUACAGGUAAAAGAAUGGGAUGAAAAUGGAGCUGCAAGAUGGAAAACCUUCAGAAGACAAAAACGUGAAUGGAUCAAAUUUGCUGCAGCUUGCAGAGAAGGAGAAGAUAAUUCUAAGAGGAAUCCAAUUGCCAGAAUCCGGUCAGACUGUGAAGAAAAUAAUCCAAUCACAUAUAGCAUUUCUGGAGUUGGAAUAGAUCAAGCGCCAUAUGGAAUAUUUGUUGUUAACCCAAGAACAGGAGAAAUUAAUAUAACAUCUAUAGUGGACAGGGAAGUGACCCCAGUAUUUGUCAUACGUUGCUUUGCUAAGCACUCAGUGACGGGUUUAGAUUUGGAACCACCUCUUGAACUUCGAGUCAGAGUUCUCGAUAUAAAUGAUAACCCUCCUAUAUUUUCACAAUCUGUAUUUACUGGAUCUAUUGAAGAAUGUAGUAUGGACAACACAUUGGUGAUGAAAAUAAUUGCAACAGAUGCAGACGAACCUAAUCACUUGAAUUCUAAAAUUGCCUUCAAGAUAGAGAGUCAGGAACCUUCAAGUCCACCGAUGUUCAUUAUGAAUAAAUAUAGUGGAGAACUUCAUCUAGCAAAUUAUCUUGACAGAGAGCAACAUGGUAGCUACACUCUUGUUGUGAAGGCAUCAGACCGGGAUGGAGCUGCAGAUGGAAUUUCAUCUCUUUGUAGCUGUAAUGUUAAAGUUAUUGAUGUCAACGACAACUUCCCAACUCUUGCUCAAAGCUCUUUUUCAGCAAGUAUUUCAGAAAAUUCACUUAGUUCAGAACUACUGCGAAUACAAGCUCUGGAUGCUGAUGAAGAGUUUACAGAUAACUGGCUAGCAGAGUUUUUCUUUAUAUCUGGUAAUGAAGAUAACUGCUUUGAAAUUGUUACAGAUCCAACCACAAAUCAAGGAAUCCUUAGAGUAAUUAAGGAACUGAAUUAUGAACACAUCCAAAGUCACACACUGAGUAUUGGCGUCAGAAACCGAGCUCCCUUUCACCAUUCUAUUGCACCUCAGUACCAAGUUGUAGGAACACCUCUCAUAGUAGAAGUAAAAAAUGUGAUGGAACCAAUAAGAUUUAAUCCAUCUACAAUCAGUUUUCUUUUAUCAGAAAGUGCAAGAGAGAGUCAUGUUGUCGGAACAUACACAGCCUUUGAUGAGGACACUGGGACUAUGGCAUCAAAUGUCAUAUAUAGUAUAGGACGUGAUCCAGGUGCGUGGUUCAGGAUCAAUCCAAACACUGGUGAAAUCACACUGAACAAAGUUAUUGAUCGGGAAUCCUCCUAUGUAGUCAAUGGAGAAUACAGAGCAGAAGUCUGGGCUGUUAGCAAAGGUUUUCCUCGACACACUGCUACUGGUACCAUUGUGCUUUCAGUACAAGAUGUCAAUGAUAAUUGUCCGACUACUAAUACAGAAAUAAAGAAAGUAUGUAUGCAUUCUCCAUCAGUGGUUAUCACUGCCAAGGAUAUGGAUAGUGAGCAGUAUGGCCCUCCCUUUACAUUCAGCAUACAUGGUGAACCUCAAACUACAUGGAUUAUCAGAUCAAUAAACGCUUCCUCUGCAGAACUAGUGGGUCAGAACAUUGACUUUUUCUUCUAUAAGAUCUAUGUCAAUAUUAGAGAUAACCAAGGCCGAAGCUGCCCACGACCACAUAUAAUUCCUCUGCAAGCUUGUCGGUGUGAUAGUCGCAAUUACUGCACCAGUGGGGCCACAAAAAUAAUUAUCAUUGGUGGCGGUGGUGGUGCUGGCGGUGCUGGCGGUGGCGGUGCUGGCGGUGGCGGUGCUGGAGGUGCUGGCGGUGGCGGUGCUGGUGGUGGCGGUGCUGGCGGUGGUGGUAGUGGUGAUGAAGGAGGUUACGUUGGGGGUGGUGGAAGUGAAGAUGGGGACAAUUACAAUGGUGGAUACAGCGAAACUUAUGAAGAAGGAUAUAAUGGAGGGACUGGUCAAGGUUAUGAAGGAGGCUAUGGCAGAGACGCUCAAUCCUCUACCACACUUAGCGGUACUGCUAUUGGCCUGAUGUUCCUCGGUGGAUUAAUAUUUGUUUUGAUUCCAAUUUUGAUGUCAAUGAGCGACUGUUGUGGCUGUGGACCUGGAGCUGCAGGUGGAGUUGGGACUGGAUUUGAACCUGUACCUGAAUGCACAGAAGGGGCAAUUCAUCCAUGGGGAAUAGAAGGUGCACAGCCUGAAGACAGGGAUGUCUCACACAUUCUUGCUCCAACAACGGCUGCUGGAGGUGAAUUUGGUGAACCCUCUGAAAUAUAUACAAACACAUAUGGGGGAGGAGGAGUAGUAGCAUCUGGUGUUGAAGACACUACAGCAGUUGGUUAUGGUACUGGUACUGGCUAUGGAACAGCUGGAGGAAUUUCUGGAACAGGGGAAGCAAAAGGAUCAUGUGGAGGAACAAUAAAAGAGUAUCGAGAAGGAGGGGUGAAUAUGGCCUUCCUAGACAACUACUUCUCUGAGAAAGCAUUUGUGUAUGCAGAUGAAGAUGAAGGUCGUCCAGCUAAUGACUGUCUACUGAUAUACGAUCAUGAAGGAGUAGGCACUCCUGUUGGCUCUGUGGGUUGCUGCAGUUUUAUUGGAGAAGAUACAGAUGAAACGUAUUUGGAUACAUUAGGACCAAAAUUUAAAACCCUGGCAGAGAUCUGUCUGGGCAAAGAAAUUGAAACUUUUUCCGAAGUUAACCUGCCAUGGCCACCUGGUAAUGCUACCUUUCCCAACCCUGAAAGUGAAAUAAACCUUCCGCCACCUGGAACCACCAUCAUUGUCAACGGAGGUGCUCCAAUGCCUCCCCCAGUUGGUACUACAACAAUUGUUACUGAAAACACCUACACCGGGUCCACCUUGCAGCCCUCCAGGCCAAUGUCCGAUCCUUUGCUCCAUGGCAAUGUGAUGGUGACUGAGACCUACACCUCUGGCCCACCCUCCCUUAGUGUCGAUCCUCUACGUGCAUCAAACGUCGUCGUCACUGAAAGGGUGGUGGGGCCAGCCUCUGCCUCCGAUCUGCGUGGCAUGCUAGAUAUCCCUGACCUCGCCGAGGGGUCCAACGUCAUCGUCACAGAAAGAGUGAUCGCACCUAACUCCCGACUUCCGACCUCCUUGAGCAUCCCUGACCUUGUCGAUGGGUCCAACGUGGUGGUGACGGAAAGGGUGAUCAGGCCGGCGUCUGGGAUGCCUGGCAGCUUGAUCAACAUCCCUGCCGAGCUGUCCAACGCCCACAAUGUGGUGGUCACGGAGAGAGUGAUGUCGGGGGCUGCGAUGGGUGGUAUGGGUGGAGCUGGUAUGGCUGGGGCCAGCAUGGGCAUGACCAGCAUGAGUGGAACCAGCAUGGGUGGUAUGAGGGAAGCAUCCCAGAUGUUGAACGCUGCUGAGUGCCACCUGGGUCAGCCCCUGGGCACAGCCUCCCCUGGUACCUCGCGGCGCCGGGUAACCAAGUACAGCACCGUGCAGUACUCCAGCCAGUGA